UAUCUGCGAAAGCAAGGUAGUUUAAACUAGAUACUUUGUGAUUUUUCUCAACAAUCCUAGUGUGCUUCACGAACCCCUGCAAACCCAGGAAGUCAUGAACCGUUCCAUCAAUUCAGAUGAUCGACCAGUCCCGGUUAUUCCCAUGGACAUGAUCGUGCCUAUGAUCGAAGAAUUUUUUUGGUCCAUUUCUCUGGAUCAGACGCUGGAUUUGGCUGUAGGUAAAGCUGAUAGCGAAACCAAAUCCGGUUUGAAGGAGCUGCUGUUAGACCUGGCGGAGGAAUGUAGCACCUUCAUUCUCCACAACAUCCGAAAUGGACGAAUCAGAUCUCAGGACGUGGACACCGUCGUUGGCGAUGUCCUGCUAACGACAUUUGCAGACAUCCUUCAGAUUAGGGAGAAAGUUCAUCCCAAGACCUUCGACCUUUUCAAUGAGUCAUUCAUUAAAUAUGUCAAAGAAAAGGUGAGAUCUACGAUCUGUUACACGCAAGAUCAAGCAGCUUCCUUUGUCCUCCAAAUCUCUGAGACAGACGGAGUGGACCGAGUCCUGCCGCACGCACUCAGAUUAAUAGAGGAAUUGCUAGUGUGGAGCUGUAAAGAACAUCGGCAGAGAGAACGAAAAGCUGCUGAAGCCCAGCAUAAUGCCUACAACAAGCAACAGAGGGUAGCUGUUAUCUUUGAGGCUGAUCAUUUCCAAGGUGUGGAGAAAAACCCCAUCAAAACCCCACAGAACAGAGGGACCCAAAGAGAUAGAGUGCUUCAUACCGUCCACGAUGGGAAUUACACGCACUUCAAAGUGAACCUGUUACCGGUCAUCGUAGAGACACCAGACACUGAGGAGGCAACAAAGAUGAUAGAAGAGAGAGAUCCUGUUCCUGAAAAUCAGGACUCAGACCUGAAGAUUGUGGAUGAAUUCAUCUUGGAGGAUCUUUCAAAGAUCACUAAGGAAAAGGAAUCAGAUCUGAAAAUUGUGGAUGACUUCAUCUCUGAGGAGUUGUCAGAGGUCAGAGAAGCGAAAAAGGCCAUCUCUGAACAACAGCGUUUAGAGAUCCCUGGUGUUUCAUUGGAUGCACUUCAACCAAUGGAAAACUGUGGAUCUAGAUAUUACGUCGCUCCACUACCCUUUGAACAACAUAAGAACAAAGAUGCCGGAGUCGCAGUUAAGAAGUUCUGUAAAAAAUAUAGUGAAGGGCGAUACAAAAGAGUUGCACCAGCACAGAAACGUGAAGAAAUACCAGGUCCUUCAGUGGACGACUUCAUCCCAGACAAAUCAAACCUAUCAACAGGGCUACGAUUUGUUAAUGAGGAGCAGCAACCAGAGAUGACCACAGAGGUUGUUGAGGCGCUGUCACUGGGCUCAGGCAAGGAGAAGCAGGAGUCAUCCAUCUUGCUGCUUGCUAAUGCAGUUGUAAUGCAGGCCGUAACACAAUCACAGGUAGACUGCAACUACAAAGACUUCCAAGCCAUCACCAAUAGGCUGUCUGAGAAAAUCUAUGCCGAGCUCAUGGGACAAGAGUUGAAUAAUAUCCAACGUAGCCUGAACAAACUCAGCGAUGACAUAUUGAGAGGAGUCUCUAAAAGGAUGUGCUGUGCAAAAACCGACGUUCUUUCACUGUUGGUUUUAAAUGACUCAGUCGUAGACGAGGCAUUCAUUUCCAUCUGCAAAGAGAAAAUAUUGAAACCAGCCAAGAAGCUAGGCGUCGUCAAACGUUUCUGGGCCUCCGUAGAAAAGGCUCUUUUCAGCCUCUAAUAAACAGAUUCUGUUUAUUGGAGAACCUGUUUACUAUAUAAAAAAACCUUAUUUCUUAUUGAAGAAUAAGAAGUGAGGUUUCUUAUUUGUAGACAUGGUUUUCUACAAGACCUUCAAAAAAUGUUGUGAGGAGCAUAGAUAAUAAAAUUAGCAAAGAAAUCAAAUACAUUUAAAAGUUUAUUGGUCCUAGUAAGUAAAGCUUU